UGUGCAAGUUCAGGUCGCUAGUUAGCGGCAAAAGUGCAAAACUGAGUUUAGCAGCUAUUACGGAUAAGGUUGCGAACUUUUCGCAGCUAUGAGGCGAAGUAAGGCAGACGUCGAACGCUACAUUUCUUCGGUCGAGAGCCUUUCUCCUGCUCAAAAAGAGAAACCAAUAAAAGGCUUUUUAUUUGCAAAGCUAUACUUUGAAGCCAAGGAGUAUGAACUUGCUAAAAGGCAUGUAUCAGCAUAUUUAACUGUUCAGGUCAGAGAUCCCAAAGCACAUAGAUUCCUUGGUCAGCUCUAUGAAUUGGAAGGUGAAAUUGAAAAAGCAGUUGGAUGUUACAAGCGUUCAGUGGAGCUGAACCCAGCCCAGCGUGACCUGGUUCUUAAAGUGGCCGAGCUCCUGUGCAGUAAGCCAGAACUUGACAGCAGGGCAGAAUUUUGGGUGGAGAAGGCUGCUAAGCUUUUGCCAGGUCAUCCAACUGUCUUUGACCUAAAGGAGAAACUGCUGAGUGCUCGGGGACAGCAAGGCUGGAACCAGCUAUAUGACCUCUUACAGUCUGAGCUCCAACUGCGGCCUUCUGACGCCCACGUGAACCGCAAACUGGUUCAGUUAUACUCCCUUGAUGGACGUUUGGAAGAAGCGGCCAAGCACUGUGUGAACGUGGAAAGAACUGGGCUUUUACGGCACAGCUUGGAUUGGUACACCACAGUUGUUCAGACUCUUCAGGAUUAUGUGGCUCAGCCAAAUGUAUCUUCUAACGAGAAGUCAUGUCGCAAGUUUCGAAAGGAACUUCUGCUGGCACACUGCAAUCUACUAAGGCUUACACUUGCUGAAAAGGAUUUCGGGGAAAGUCUAGAUGCAUUUCAGAUUUUUGACCACGCUAUGCAGUCUUUAAAGAACACUGCGACAAAAGUCAUGGAUGAGCUUUCAGACAUCUUUACAGAAAUGCGAGGUCAUUUGUAUCUUUAUGCCGGGACCCUGCUGCUAAAGAUGGCCGUGGAAAAAGAACAGCAAUGGAAAGCCAUCAUUGAUCUAGCAGCACUUUGUUAUCUUUUAGCUCACCAGCUUCCCAGACCAAAGGCAAAGCCUGAGAAGGGUGAUCAGGCACCACCAAACCCGCUGGAGUCCUUAGCUUGUUAUCGUCAAAGCCAAGCAGGUCACAUGCUUCUGAAUAUGAAUCAGGAGACGGAACACUUUUUGAAGGAGGCUGUGGAGGUGUUCGGUAACAGGAGUGGACAAGAUGCCCUUAUUGAGAUUCUCUUCAAUACUCAGGCCUCUAUGGAUCUCUCCUUCAUUGGAAACGAUGAUCUCUCUAGCGUCAAGGCUCAGACGCCAGACAUACAAGAGCUUGCCAAGUGGGACAAUGGUUCAAUCUUGCACUGUGGGGAUUUACAGUAUCUUGUAUGGCUGGGCCUGCAGUGGUCGAUGAUGAACCAGAGACCUGCACUUAAAGACUGGCUAAAGCAGCUAUUGCCUCGUCUCUCAUUGGAGACUUUUAAACUCGACACCAACGCUCCAGAGUCCAUCUGUUUGCUUGACCUUGAGGUCUUUCUCUGUGGUGUGGUAUUCACAAGUCAUACCCAGCUGUGUGAGACUGCUAAGAUUUUUACUACCCACCGGUUGCAUGAGCCACGAUGUUUGCCUGUGCAGCUCCUGAAACUGUUGUCCUCAGUAAGACAGAGGGAAUGGUGGGAUGCAGUCUACAACCUCAUUCAUAAAAAAACACUGCCUAAUAUGUCUGCUAAACUGCGGAUGAUUGUCCAGCAUGGCCUGAACACACUGCGAGCAAGAGAGAAACAUGGUCUUCAGCCUGCACUUCUUAUUCAUUGGGCUCAGCACUUGAGCAUAAUGGGUCGUAACAUGAAUUCCUAUUAUGAUCAGAAAGAAUAUGUUGGCCGCAGCGUUCACUACUGGAAUGUUGUUCUUCCUUUGCUUGAAGCAAUUGAAAAGAAACGCAGCAUUCCUGAGCCUCUCGAUCCAAUAUUCAUGCAUUUCCACAGUAAAGACAUACAGGUAUCUGUAAUAAAAGCUUAUAAGCAGGAGAUGAAAAUCGCAUCUGCUACACUUCUUGACAUUGAAGGCAGAACUGAUGAGGCCAUCUUGAUGCUUGAACAGCUCAAUUCCAUCUACUCUCAUUGGCAUCUUGCUCAAAUCUACCAGAGGCUUUCUGAGGAGGCAGGGAGUGGUGUUGAAGAAACUCAAGAUAAAUACAUCAACCUUCUCCAUCAGUUUAAGAAGUACUUAUCAAGGAUCUACAAUGCCAAUGCAGAUGAAGUAGACAAGCUGCCUGUGUCAAUGGAGGAGGUCAUGGAUUUACUCAACGAAGUCAAUCAACAGCUUGAAGAGAGUGGGGAGGCUGUUGAUGGAGAUUAUGAAGGGCAUCCUAUGACCUCAAGCCCAAGAUCAGUUACAAAAGCUACAGUUGCUUCACCAGCCAAAAGCAUACUCUCACCUUCCAAGAGAUCAGUGUUUUCUCCCAAGACACCACCAGCUUGGGCAGAGGAUCAGAAGUCAAUCUUGCAGAUGCUCUGUCAACAAAUUGAGGGCUUAAAGAAUGAGGUUCAUGAUCUGAAGCAUAAUGCGUCUGGGUCGGCAGAGGUGCCCUUCCAGCCGGUAUAUGGAGGGAGUUACUCGGCAGAGACUUUUCAGGAACCUUUCUCAGCUACACAAGCAUUCCAUGGGGUGCCUCUUACAGUUGCUACAACAGGUCCCUCUGGAUACUACAAUCAGUCCCCUGCACAUAAUUCACAGUACCUUCUCCGGACUGCCGCAAAUGUGACACCACCAAAGCCACCCGUGUAUGGAAUAAAUAGUCUUCCUCAGCCGCAUAUGUACGCAUACCAGCAAGCAACACACACCCCACCUCUUCAAACAGGAGCAUGCAUGUAUCCUCAAAAUCAGGACUUUAAUAACCCACUUAGGUUUGAGUCACCAGCUACAACCAUGCUCUCCCCCUACUAUGAAGGUCAUAAUAUUUCUCAGCCUUCAGCUAAUCCGACAUUGCCAGAGCCUGGCUACUUCACCAAGCCCUCUGCCAAACCUUCCCAGACCUACAAGAGCACUGAAGGCAAGUCAGUGGGCUUUGGCCAGCAGGUUCCAGCUGAAACUUCAAAGGUCCCUGUUAUAAAGGGAGGAACCACAGAGCAAACAACCCUAUCUGCCGCUACAUUCAAGUUCAAGUCAAAUUUCAAAAGUAAUGAUGGCGACUUUACCUUUACAUCGACAGAGAUGAAAAAUAACAGCGAAAGCCUUUUGGGUCUUCUGAUUUCAGACAUUCCAGCCAGAACUGAUGGAAAUUCAGCACCGAAAUCUCAAUCAACAGAUCAAACAUCAAGUGGGGUCUUUCAGUUUGGUAAUAAAGCUGCAGCAGGGUUUUCCUUCACAGAUGGUUUCCAGGGUAAAACUAAUCUCUUUGGAAAAUCUGUUUCAACCACUGGCUUUGCGAGUGAUGAGAGAAAUGCUGAAAGUGAUGACAGCAUUCACGUUGAAGAGGAUGAGGACGGACCCCAUUUUGAGCCUAUUGUCCCACUGCCCGAUAAGAUUGAUGUCAAAACUGGUGAAGAGGAGGAAGAAGAAAUGUUCUGCAACAGAACAAAGCUGUUUCGAUUUGAGGCCGAAACCAAAGAAUGGAAAGAAAGAGGCAUUGGAUGCAUUAAAAUCUUAAAGCACAGAACAGCCGGCAAAUUUAGAUUGUUAAUGAGGAGGGAACAAGUACUAAAAAUCUGUGCAAAUCACUACAUCACUGCUGACAUGGUUCUGAAACCUAAUGCCGGGUCGGAUAAGUCAUGGGUUUGGUAUGCUAUGGAUUAUGCUGAUGAGAUGCCAAAGACAGAGCAGCUAGCCAUUCGCUUUAAGACUGCUGAUGAAGCGGCGCUGUUCAAACUGAAAUUUGAGGAAGCUCAGAAAGCUAUUCUUGCAUCUCCACAAUUACAGAGUCAGAUGAAGGAAACCAACCACAGACCAAACAAAUCUAACAAAGAGGUGUCUAGCAAAAACAUCGACCUUAAAACCCAGUUUGCGAAAAAGGCAGGUGAGUGGGAUUGUAACAUCUGCAGUGUAAGAAACGCCUCCUCAUCUCAAACAUGUGUUGCUUGUAACAAUCCUAAUCCCAAAUCUCAAACUAAACCCACUGAGGAAUUCAAAGUUACUACUUCAUUGACUUGCUCUGCACAGUCAUUUCCUUUUGGAACUGGAGGUUUAGCACAUGCUGGUGACAAUGCCAACUUUAAAGAGUUUGGAUCCCAAAUUCCACUUUCUUUCAAAUUUGGAACACACACACCUGGACCUUCAUCCAGUGAAGGUGAUAAAAAGACUAGUCAGCUGGAAGCAUCGGGGUCUCAGGGAUUUGGCUCUCGGUUUGCUAAGACACCAGGGCAGUGGGAUUGUCCAACAUGUGCUGUAAGAAAUGAUGCACCUGCAAUAAGUUCUGGCUUCUCCUUUGGGUCUGGCUUUGACAAAUUUGUCAAAAAAGAGGGACAGUGGGAUUGUCCUACAUGUGAAGUAAGGAACGAAGCAUCUGCAAGUGCUUGCGCUGCAUGUCAAACUGCAAAUCCUUCAGCUAAAACCACUGCUGUGAAACCGCCUGCGAGUUCUGGCUUCUCUUUCGGGUCUGGCUUUGAGAAAUUUUUCAAAAAAGAUGGACAGUGGGAUUGUCCUACAUGUGAAGUAAGGAACGAAGUGUCUGCAAACACUUGUACUGCAUGUCAAACUGCAAAUCCUUCAACUAAAACCACUGCUGUGAAACCUCCUGUAAGUUCCGGCUUUGACAAAUUUGUUAAAAAAGAGGGACAGUGGGAUUGUCCUACAUGUGCAGUAAGGAACGAAGCAUCUGCAAGUGCUUGCGCUGCAUGUCAAACUGCAAAUCCUUCAACUAAAACCACUGCUGUGAAACCGCCUGCGAGUUCCAGCUUUGACAAAUUUGUCAAAAAAGAGGGACAGUGGGAUUGUGAUGUCUGUUUAGUCAGGAAUGAGGCGUCUGCCACAAACUGUGUUUCUUGCCAGACUUUACAUAGCGGUGGAAAGAAAGACGGGCCUUGGAACUGUGAUCACUGUCUAGUAAGAAACGAAGGCACAUGUAGUCAUUGUAGGUCUUGUAAAAACCCUAAACCGAACACAAAUAGCAGUUCAGCGGCACCCUCCUCCUCCUCAUUUGGUGUUAGUCAAGGUAGUCAACCUAAACCUACAGGAUUUAAACCCAGCUUUAAUGCUAGUAGUACUUUUAAGUUUGGUCAGACUAAAAAGGAAACCAAUCAAGUAACUUUUAAAUUUGAGUCUUCUGCAACCGCAGAUGAAGCUUCUUCAAACAAAUCAAAAUUCUCUUUUUCAUCACUGAUCCCUGGCGGUGCAUUCAAAUUUGGUUUGAAAGGAGCAGAAUCAAAGUCGAAAGAUCAAGGCCCAAGUGGUUCUGCCUCAGUGUUUUUAAAAAACAUUGCUGAUCAACACAAGGAGAAGGAAAAAGACAUCAAAUCGACUUCCCCUGUCCAGCCAGUGAGCAAAGGUGGUACUGAUGACUGUCCUCUAUUUACAGGUAAAUCCAGCACAUUUAGCUUUGAAGAUUUGGCAAAGACUGCACAAGGUGACUUUCAGUUUGGACAAAAAGACCCCAAUUUUAAAGGCUUUGCAGGGGCUGGUGAGCAACUUUUCACAACAUCCCAGCAAAGCCAAAAGACAGAGUCCUCUGUUGAUCAAGAAGAGGAAGACAUGUAUAAAACAGAAGAAAAUGAUGAUAUUCAGUUUGAACCGGUGGUUAAGAUGCCUGACAAGGUUGACCUUGUUACAGGGGAAGAGGAGGAAGAGUGUCUCUAUACAAACCGUGUUAAGCUCUUCAGGUUCGAUACCGAGACUAAUCAGUGGAAAGAACGAGGUGUUGGAAACCUAAAACUUCUUAAAAAUAGCGUCAAUGGCCGGCUCAGAGUUCUUAUGAGGCGAGAGCAGGUGUUAAAGGUGUGCGCUAAUCACUGGAUCACUACCACGAUGAAUCUGAAGCCACUUUCUGGGUCUGAUCGUGCCUGGAUGUGGCUAGCAAAUGAUUUUUCAGAUGGAGAUGCCAGGUUGGAACAGUUGGCUAUCAAGUUUAAAACCCCUGAACUUGCAGAAGUGUUCAAACAGAAGUUUGAGGAGUGUCAAAAGCUCCUUUUGGACAUUCCUCUACAGACCCCUCACAAGCUUACCACUUCUGACAGGACGGCAAACCUUAUACAGAAAGCUGAGGAGAUGAAAUCUGGUCUCAAAGAUCUAAAGUCAUUCUUGACUUAUGAUGGAACUAAGGCCAAGCAUGGAGAAAGCGAUGCCGUGACUUCAAUCGAUUUCUCUAAUGUCCAUAUCAAAACCCAUUCUGAAACCACCGGACCAACGUUGGAGUGGGACAACUAUGACUUACAAGAUGACGUUCACAAUGAAAGUGCUGACACGUCUGUAUACGCCUCUCCGCUAGCCAGCAGUCCAUUGCCCAGAAAUUUGUUCCGUUUUGGAGAAUCGACGGCUGGAUUUGGUUUUAAUUUCCAGCCAAUUUUUAGUCCUUCGAAAUCCCCAGCCAAGGUAAACCAAAGCAGGACUUCUGUAGGAACAGAUAGCGAGCACGACACAAGCCAAGAAGAGGAAAGAGAUGGUCAGUACUUUGAACCAGUUGUGCCUUUGCCUGAUCUCGUUGAUAUUUCUACUGGGGAGGAGAAUGAGCAGGUGGUGUUCAGUCACAGAUCAAAGCUAUAUCGCUAUGAUAAAGACAUCUGCCAAUGGAAAGAGAGAGGCAUAGGAGACAUCAAAAUUCUGCAGAACUACGAAACUAAACGCACAAGGCUUGUCAUGCGACGGGAUCAGGUUCUCAAACUAUGUGCAAACCACUGGAUAACUACAGACAUGAAACUCGAGCCGAUGAAGGGAUCAGAAAAGGCAUGGAUCUGGAGUGCGUUUGAUUUCGCUGAAGGAGAAAGAAAUGUCGAGCAGUUGGCUGUGCGCUUCAAGUUGCAAGAGAAUGCCGAUUCUUUUAAAGAUUGCUUCAACAAAGCCAAGGAGGCCCAGGAAAAGAAAAGCCUUCUAGAGGUCAUGUCUCCUGGAAAAGCUGUGACCUCCCAAGAGACCAUCUGUGGUAAAGCUGCCAUAGCAGUGCUUGAGGAAACCACCAGAGAAAUAACUGUGCCGGUGUCUGAGAGCAGUGGUUCACCUACUACACCAACCAACAGAUCACACAGCCCCUCUAAAUUAGUGGUCUCGCCUCCCAAAUUUGUCUUUGGUUCAGACUCUGUGCAGAAAAUUUUUGGAAGUCCAUCAUCAUCAUCAUCUCAGCAGGUCCCAAGCCCUACCACAGGCUCAAGAGAUAAGGAAUCCAGCGGUUCUUCAGGCUCCAAAACAUCAGGGGAGAGCACAGACUUGCCCGUAACUCCAUUCAAAGUGCCACAAAGAGGAUUGGAUUUUAGGCUUUUUAAAGAUAACCCUAUGGCUUUUUGGACGUGCACUUCAGCCACCCAGUUUCAAACUGAAGUUUCUUCUCAGGCACAGCAAGAGGAAAACCGUGCAGAAGACACAGAGAUUGAAAUUGUGUAUGAACGAAAGCCAACCAAGGAGCAAGCAGAACUGGCCCAAAAGCUGAUGCUGCCUUCUACAUUUUUCCUUUACAAAAACGUGCCUGGAUAUGUGAGUGAGGAAAGUGAUGAUGAAGAUUAUGAAACAGCAGUAAAAAAUCUGAAAGGAAAGCUUUACCCUGAUUCUGUCCCAGCCAGUCUUAAGCAAGCCAGUAGAAGUUCAGAGAACCCUGACUGUGUUAUUAUUUGGGAGAAGAAACCAACACUGGAGGAGGAAAAAAUGGCUAAAAGUCUACAGCUGCCUCGGACCUUCUUCUGUGGUGCUGGUAGUGAUCUAGAGACAGAGCCUGACGGGUCAGAGGACUUUGGAACAGAACUUCAAAAGGUGCAGCAAGCUCAGAUUGAGCUGAACAGGCAAGUGGAUCCCUUGCCUAAUAGCGGAUUGCCUAGUACCAUUGAAACCAGUAAGGCUUCUUCAGACCAGCCUCGCUCUGCAGAGUCCAGCUGUCCUGUUGAUCUUUCAACAAAGACCCAAUCGGAUGUCAGUCAAGACGCACCUUUUUUUGGAUUCAGCACUUCAAGUACAUUUUCAUUUGCAGCCUUGGCAAAGAAUUCUGAUGAAUUUGCCUUUGGAAAAAUAGAUUCCAAUUUCUCAUGGGCAAAUGCCGGGGCGGUAGUCUUCGGCAGUAGCAGCGCAACAGCCUCUCGAAAUGAGGAUGAAGAGGAAGCGGGCGGUGACGAGGAUGUUUCCAAUAAUGCAGACAUUCACUUUGAGCCUAUUGUUUCUCUGCCUGAGGUUGAGGUGAAGUCUGGUGAGGAAGAUGAGGAGAUUCUCUUUAAAGAACGGACGAAGCUUUUCCGAUGGGAUCGGGAUAUAAACCAGUGGAAAGAGCGUGGAGUUGGUGACCUUAAGAUUCUUUUCCACCCAGUGAAAAGGUCCUAUCGUUUGCUCAUGAGGCGCGAACAGGUCCUAAAAGUCUGUGCUAACCACACCAUUACCCCAGACAUCGAGCUUAAACCGAUGAACUCAUCUGCUAAUGCACUGGUGUGGACAGCUUGUGACUAUGCAGAGAGCAAUGCAAAGAUGGAGCAGCUCGCUGCCAAGUUCAAGACACCUGAAAUUGCUGAAUCCUUCAGGAAAGCCUUUACAGACUGUCAGCAGUGCAUGCGUCAAGUAGACUUCGCUCAAUCUUCUAAAAUCGCAGAAUUCUCUCGGCCAGGCAACCCCUUGGUGUUCUUCGUCAUAGCCGCCGACGAGCAGGUCCUCGGCAGGAUCACUAUUGAGCUUUUUGCUCACAUCGUCCCCAAAACUGCGGAAAAUUUUCUAGCUUUGUGCACCGGAGAAAAAGGAUUUGGAUAUCUGAAUUCUAUUUUUCACAGGAUCAUCCCUGAUUUCAUGUGUCAGGGGGGUGACAUAACCAAUCAGGAUGGCACCGGUGGAAGGUCCAUCUACGGGGGCAAGUUUGAGGACGAGAACUUCGACGUGAGGCACACCGGGCCGGGUCUGCUGUCCAUGGCCAAUUCCGGUAGAGACACAAACAGCUCUCAGUUUUUCAUCACGCUGAAGAAAGCUGAACACUUGGACUUUAAGCAUGUUGCUUUCGGUUUCGUUAAAGAAGGCAUGGACGUGGUAACGCAGAUGGGAGAGCUGGGAGCUAAAAGUGGCAAACCAAGCAAAAGGAUAAUUGUUACAGAUUGUGGACAGUUAUAAUCCUCAUGUCCUCAUCUGAUACAGAACAUGCAUCAUGUGUUGGCUUUGUUGUUUUUCUCUCUUGGGUAAAUUUUUUUUAUGUUGUUUAAUUUAAAACGUAAAGAUUGAAGAAUUGUCGUCUGUUAGCUUUCCUAAAAAGGGGUCCAAUCUCUAGAAAUAAGCUUCAUUUCUCCAUGUCUUCUAAUAAACAAAACAUUUACAGAAUCUUGAGCUCAUGUGGCAUCGUGCUGAAGAUCUGUCAAAGCCUUUUCUUGUUAUGUACAACUAUAACAGCCCAAAUAAAAGCCUUGCAGAUCGCUCAGUGGAAAAUCCGCAAUGCUGGUUGAAUCAUUUUUACUAUUUAUACAGAAUUAUCAGUGCGGAAUCGAUUUCAAUCUUAAUCAGAACAUUCAAGUUUUUACUCUGUAUAGAUUUUUGGGAGUUGUGAUUUUUACUGCCAUGUGAAUUCAACAUUUUCUUUAAUUUGACUAUAUUAAAGGUUAAAUACUUAA